UUUAGCCUUGCAAAUGGCAUGCUGUGAAUUAUGUCUUGGGGCUCUCCAGUUUCGUCUUCAGUGCAUUUUGUUUGUAGGGAGGGUCUGGUUCUGGAGGAGGCCGCUCUUCAGGUGAGGAGAAGGUUGACUUUACAGCCGCCCUCCUUUACCCUCUUCUCACAUUUGUGCAGUCGAGCGUAAACAAUCCCAAAGAGGGAUCGGACUGGGCUGGCGGUUGUUGAGGGCUGGGGUGCAUAUCUGCGAGCGACAUCCAGCAUCACUGAGCAGAUCUCACCGGGCUGUUGAAGUGUCAUGGAUGUACUCGCUUUGAAGGCAAAGAAUGUAAGCAAGGCAGAACCAGAAAAGAAGUCUGCUGUUGCACUGAAGCCAAAACCCAAACCUCCCAAAAAAGCCAAGAGGAUUGUUUACUUUGAGGUGGAGAUUUUGGACUUGAAGACGAAGGAGAAACUACUCCUGCUAGACAAGGUUGAGCCUACUGCCACUAUUUUGGAUAUUAAAGCUUUGUUUCACAAAUCAUAUCCAAAGUGGUAUCCCUCCAGACAAUCCCUGCAUUUGGACACAAAGACCAAAAGUCUCAGGGAUGAGGAUGUUCUUCAGAGUCUACCGGUUGGAACCACAGCCACCUUUUACUUCAGUGAUCUCGGACCUCAGGUCUCCUUUGGAACCGUGUUCCUGACAGAAUGUGCUGGUCCACUGCUCAUUUACCUAAUGUUUUACUUCCGCCUGCCCUUCAUCUACGCUCCCAAAUACGACUUCACCAGCAGCAAACACUGGGUCGUACACCUGGCCUGCAUGUGUCACUCCUUUCACUACAUCAAGAGGAUUCUUGAGACUCUGUUUGUCCAUCGUAUCUCUCACGGGACCAUGCCUCUCAGAAACAUAUUUAAGAACUGUGGCUAUUACUGGUUCUUUGCAGCUUGGAUGGCGUACUACAUUAAUCACCCACUGUACACCACACCCUAUUACGGGCAGCAGCAAGUGAACAUGUCACUUUAUGUUUUCUUGUUUUGUCAAGUUGGGAAUUUUUCCAUCCAUAUUGCACUUCGCAACCUCAAACUUGCAGGAUCAAAAACCAAGAAGAUUCCUUACCCAACAAAAAAUCCAUUCACAUGGAUUUUUGCCUUGGUUUCUUGUCCAAACUAUACAUAUGAGCUGGGCACCUGGAUCAGUUUCAGCGUGAUGACCCAGUGUGUACCCGUGGCUUUAUUCACCGCCAUAACAUUCAUCCAGAUGGCCGUGUGGGCCAAAGGCAAACACCGCAGCUACCUGAAGGAGUUCCGAUAUUAUCCCACGCUGCGCUCCUCCAUACUCCCCUUCAUCCUGUAGCGCCUGGAGGACAAAACAGCUGAGAGAUGUUUCCACCACCUCCUCGCUGAUCAGAACCCUCAGGCGGCCGAGUACAAUACAGAACGACUUUGGCCGUGCAGAUUUCAUAUUUCUGCACGUCACUCCAUAAAAAGGUCAUAGUUAUAGUGAAAGUUGGAC